CUGCUCUUUAACCAGGACACAGACCUCUGCUCUCACAAAGAUUUCAGCAGCAACCAUGGCAACCUUCGUGGAGCUCAGUACCAAAGCCAAGAUGCCCAUUGUGGGUCUGGGCACCUGGAAGUCUACGCCAAACCAAGUCAAGGAAGCUGUGAAGGCAGCCAUUGAUGCUGGGUAUCGCCAUAUUGACUGUGCGUAUGCAUAUUGCAACGAGAAUGAGGUGGGGGAAGCUAUCCAAGAGAAGAUCAAAGAGAAGGCUGUGAGGCGGGAGGACCUCUUCAUCGUCAGCAAGUUGUGGCCCACCUGCUUUGAGAAAAAACUGCUAAAGGAAGCCUUUCAGAAGACCCUCACGGAUCUCAAGCUGGACUACUUGGACCUCUAUCUUAUCCACUGGCCUCAGGGAUUUCAGGCAGGGAAGGAGUUAUUCCCCAAAGAUGAACAAGGCAAUGUCCUCCCUGGUAAAACAACGUUCCUGGAAGCCUGGGAGGGCAUGGAGGAACUGGUGGACCAGGGGCUGGUGAAAGCUUUGGGCGUCUCCAACUUCAACCACUUCCAGAUCGAAAGGCUCCUGAACAAGCCUGGACUGAAACAUAAGCCAGUGACCAACCAGGUCGAGUGCCACCCUUACCUCACCCAGGAAAAACUGAUCCAGUACUGUCACUCCAAGGGCAUCGUGGUCACAGCCUACAGUCCCCUGGGCUCCCCAGACAGGCCUAGGGCCAAGCCAGAUGACCCUUCACUAUUACAGGACCCCAAGAUUAAAGAGAUUGCCGCCAAGCACAAGAAAACCACAGCCCAGGUUCUCAUUCGGUUCCACAUCCAGAGGAACGUAGUAGUGAUCCCCAAGUCUGUGACGCCAGCACGUAUACAGGAGAACAUUCAGGUCUUUGACUUCCAGUUGAGCGACCAGGAGAUGGCCACUAUCCUGAGCUUCAACAGAAACUGGAGGGCCUGCCUGCUGCCUGAGACAGUCAACAUGGAAGAAUUUCCCUAUGACGCAGAGUACUGAAGCUGAACCAGCCCGUGAGGCUUCUCGUUUGCAGAUGCAUACCUCAGUCCUGCAGUCCUCUCAGUCCCAGCCUGCCAGGCAUCAUGGUGUGGGCAAGGCUGUGGUUAAAUCCCCAAGUUGAAUCAAGAACAGACUGUUGCGAGCAGAUGUGACUUGGAGAAGUGAAUGGACAUCUCCUACACUAAUUUGAUCUGAGCAAAUGUUUGUCAAAAACCCGGAGCUCUGGUAACAUUUGAGGGUAUGCAGAAAAAAUAAUAAAGAGUCAUUACAUUAAGAAAAGCA